CAAUUAACAACCCACACCAUCCCUCGUUCAAAAUGCAUCCACUCUUCAUCACAGAUAUGGCAAUCCGCCUGAAAAUGGUUUUGUCACUUCUCCUUUCAGCAGCAUUUCUGGUUUCAACCGGUCAUGGCUCUCUACUACUACUGGAGCUGCCGAGAGAGAUCCACCCGCUAAGGCCGCGGUCGGGAUCAGCCGGCGACCAUGUCGCCGGCCUGUCUUGCCUGAGUUGGAGGCUUGGCGUGGAGACCAACAAUUUGAUUGGGUGGAAAACCGUCCCGCAGGAAUGUGAAGGGUAUGUGGGUAAUUACAUGUUGGGAGAACAGUACCGGAGCGACUCGAGAGUGGUGGCCGGUGAGGCUCUUGUCUACGCCGCCGGGCUCGACCUCGCCGGAGACGGCAAGGAUGUGUGGGUGUUUGACGUUGAUGAGACUACGCUCUCCAAUUUGCCUUACUAUGCCAAGCAUGGAUUCGGGGCGGAGCCGUUCGAUCCAACUCCAUUCAACGAAUGGGUAUUGGAAGGGAAUGCAUUGGUGCUGCCAGAAUCCUUCACACUCUACCAGAAGAUAGUGUCGUUGGGGAUAAAGGUUGUGUUCCUAACUGGGAGAACUGAAGAUCAAAGAUCUGUUACAGAGACCAACCUCAAGAAUGCAGGCUACUACACUUGGGAGAAACUCAUUCUCAACAGGACGUCGUCGUAUUCGGGGAGCACGGCGGUGACGUACAAGUCGAGUGAGAGAGGGAAGUUGGAGAAGGAAGGGUUUAGGAUCGUGGGGAAUAUGGGAGAUCAGUGGAGUGAUCUGUUGGGCACCAGCACGGGACUCCGUACCUUCAAACUCCCUGACCCAAUGUACUACAUUAGCUAGAGCCUAGAGCUCAACCAAACCAAAAUUGUAUGUCUGUCAAAUAUUAAUGGUGCUGGUGGUGGAAAAGAGUUUAAUUGAACCCGUUUGAUAAAAUUGGUUAUCCACUCAUGGGUACCAAAUUAAUAAGCUGUCUUCUGUGUUGUCGUUCAUUAAGUCUGAUUCUGAUUAGUUAAUAAUCAUAAGGGAGAACCAUCUGUGAAAUUAAUCACAUGUCCUGGUGUAUUAUAUAUUAUUACUAUGUCAUGAUGAUGUGAUAUAAAAGGG